ACAUCGCGUCUUGAGUGAGUGAAUUCAAGUGAAAACCACAACAAAAAACGUAUACGCAAACACGCAACAACGUCGCGUGUGACCGCAGCAAACAAAGCUCAAAAUAAUAACCUUGGAUUACGUUACGUCUACUGAACGCAAAGCAACGAUGGUGAUAGCAGCUGAGGAGCAACGGCUGGGUAAGCCGUCGGCGUUUGACUUUGGCGGCGUCGAGAGCGCGACAAUCGGAGUGAUAGCGGAGCGGGCGCUCGUCUUUGCCAAGCUCGAGAACCGUCUGAUAGUGGGACUCUCCGGGGCGGUGGGCAGCCUCGCCGAAACGCCCGACGAGUUUCUGUUUUGCUUCAUGGCGCCACCCAUCCCCGGAGACAGUGCCACCCAUAUGCAGGAGGUGUUACUGCAGGCGUUCUGCUUCGAGCACGAUAUUUACAUUAUCAAGAUUGAUAGCGCAGAGAAGCUGAGCCGUCUGCUGGGCUCCAGCACGAUGCAAUCCUGCGCCCUGAUCCAGAAGAACUGGGUCUCGGACAACCAAACCGAGGUGCUGUCCAAAGUCGAGGAUCAGCUGGUGGACUUCUGCGAAGCGCACUGGGAAUCCCCGGUGAAGCCAAUCGUGAAACUACCGGAAAAGUAAAGUGAAGAACAUUAAUCACCACACAGUGAAUUGGAACAGAUAAUUCAUCUCGGAAAAUCGAAAGCAUUUUCGGAUGCUACGGAUUGAAUCCACAGUUGUGAACAGUGAUAUCUACGUGAGACAGAAAGGGCCGACGGGGCGUUCGGUCAGGGGAAACCCUGUUCUUGCAAAAACGAGGAUUUUCCCGCAGCUCGGAAGUGUGCAACACUUUGUUGUUAUAGUCAUCAUUUUUGUUCGGAAGAUAACCAUAUGCAGUGUGAAAUCAAGCUAGAAAAAAAGAGUGCCAAAAUCGUAGGAAGUAGGAUUUGUUAAUAAGAAUAAUUGAUAUGGGAAGCCUGUGACGGAGAUUGCUUUACAUUAAAGCGCGGUGAAAAUAUAAAGAAAACUAUUGAACAUA